UCUCGUGAUGGACGCGUCGUCCCUUGUAGACAGACGCAUGUGAAAUCUAAAUCAAGCCAAUGCUACUUUCUCGGCAUCAGCGCGUUGUUUGAGGCUUGGCCAAUGAGCCCAGAGCUAGUCUCUGGCACUCCACCGUGACUUGGACUUGAUCGAUAAUGGAGGCCGCUAUCAGGUGGUCGCCGCACUCCACCCAGGACGAGCCGCGGUUCCUGAUCAUCGACGUCGCAGGCAACCGGCUGCGGCUGUGCGAGAUUGAGAGCUUCGACGGGCCGAAGGUGAACUACCGCCAGCUAUUGGUCCGCGACAAGCUGCCCAACUACACGGCGUUUGACUGGUCCAAGAAAGACCCCGAUGUGGUCGCCAUUGGCUCAGCGUCUGGCGAGGCACACGUCGUGCAGCUGGAUCCGAGCAAGCCUGAGGGCGACUUCCUCCAUGCCUUUCCCAUUAGACACCAGAGGAAGUGCAACUCCAUUGCGUUCAGUCACAACAACCUCCUGGCUACUGGGCUGGACAGGGUGAGAAAUGAUGUCUGUCUCAACAUCUAUAACAUGGGCGAUGCAAGAUUCACAAGCAAGGACGAGCCGUACAGGAAACUGGCGAGCUCCGAGGCUGUGUCCAGCAUCAAGUUCUUCGACAGCCAGCCGGAAACGCUUCUUGCGGGUGUCCAGAGGCAGUAUGUUAGGAUAUACGACCUUCGAGACUCCGGAACGCAGGGCAUUGCGAAUAUCCAGACCAAACAGGUCCACAACAUCGCCAUUGACCCUCUGGACGAAAACUACUUCCUCUCAGCGGGGACCACAGGCGACCCUGCUGUGACUGUGUGGGACCAGCGCAUGAUCAAGCAGCGCAGCGACAGCAACGGUGCAGUCAUUGAGUUCAAGCCCAUCGUCGACAACAGCCAGGCUGCGAGUAUCUGGAGCCUAAGGUACUCCGGAACCAAGCGAGGCACGUUCGGUGUCCUUGCCAACACGGGCGAGUUCAAGAUACUGGAACUCGCCCAGCACUCGCAUCAGCUGGAGACACUGAAGUCAACGGCUGACACUGCCAUGGCUCGGGCUUGGUCGUCGCCGUUCUACACAAAGGUCUCGCAUCAUCUACGCCACCCAUGGCACAGCAAGACCUUCCCGCAGAAACAAAAGGAUCGCGUCAUGGCGUACGAUUUCAUGACGAGCGGCAGUCCGCUGGACGGGCAGUGUGCUUUGGCACUACACGCGAAUCGAGAAAUCGAGGUCAUGAAGGUCCCGCCACCUGCACCGCGUAUCAACGUGAGCGCGCUUGGGGAGAUCUACAGAGAUCGCACCACCGUCGCCCGACCGAGAAGCCGCCAUGGCACCGUAGCGGAGGAUCUUGCUGAGAUCCAGAACGAGGCUUUGAGUAGAAAGGGUGGUUUCGGGCCAGCAGAUUUGUCCGAGAGUGUGAGUAAAUUGGGCCUGGACGAUCAGCAGCCAAGUCCACGACUGCGUGAGGACAUCCUCAGACUGGCUUAUCCAGACGUAAAAGUGCCCCUGGCCGACUAUCUCGCGUUCAUGCAAGGCUCGAAGCGACGCUGCCAGGAAGGCUACUCUCUGGGAUGCGCUCAGAACAAGGCCAUCGUCGCGAACGACCCCUGGCUGGCCGAUGUGUGGACCUUUGUUGAGCGGAUGGACACGCACGCUCUGGCAGAUGGGAUGGUGGGCAACGGCCUUGAACUGAACUACCUCGGGAUUGAGUCCAUCUGGAACAACGAUCUCGAAAUGUACGACGACCGCCGCAUUGACCCCGAUGCGAACACCAGCCAGACCAUGUUCCGAGACGCGGUGAAGGAGAUCGUGGAGGCUAAGGAGUUCCCGCCAUUUGAAGGCGUUGUGACGAAGCUUCCCGAGAACCGACAACUCUGCUUGAGCCUGUGUGGAUGGCCGCUUGACAAGAAGGGUGUGCAGGAGAACUGCGAGAACCUAAUCGCAGAUGGGCAGGCCCUGAAAGCAGUUGUUCUGGCGGUGUUCCAAGGCCACAAGGACAUCGCACUGUCGCUACUGCGAACAGCCCUCCAGCAGGGCAAGCUUGCCCAGGACCACAUAGGGCUUGGUGCUGUCAUCGCCUGCGCCUCUCCCUUCUCAGGGGUGCCCGCCCAGCAGCGUGAAGCCUGCGCGUGGAUGGCGGAUAUGACAACAGACCCGUACCUCAAAUCACUCCUCACGUACUUCAUCAGCGCCGACUGGACGGCUGUCGUCAACACUCCAUCCCUCGCACUCGUCGACCGCGUCGCCGUCGCCCUCCGAUACCUCCCCGACGCACCCCUCUCGCACUUCCUCACCACAACAACCACAUCCCACAUCCGCAGCGGCUCCAUCUCCGGGCUCCUCCUCACGGGCCUCACCACCCGCGCCCUCGACCUCCUGCAAGUCCACAUCGCCGCGCACCCCUCGGAGCUGCAAUCCGCCGUGCUGCUGCUCUCCCGCGCCUGCCCGCUCUACAUCCAGGACCCGCGCUGGUACCUCUGGAAAGACAUCUACCUGGACCACAUGCAGCAGUGGCACACGUUCCUGGAGCGCACGCGCUACACCAAGGAGCACAACGCGCGCAGCGUCACCCGCGCCGGCAGCACCCGCAACAAGCCCGCCCAGCCCAGCAUCGCCAUUCGCUGCGCCCAGUGCCACCACAACCUCGCCCUGCGCAAGGAACCCCGCGCCCAGGCCCGCAGACUCGUGCCUGUCACCGGCGCUCCCUACCACCCGCAGCACCCCGCGAACCCGAAGUCUGCGCUGCUCCACAAGGCCGCGCCGGGGAAACACGCGACUUCGAGCCCCGCGCUCGCGUGUCCCAACUGCGGCGCCCAGAUGCCCCGCUGCGGGCUGUGCAUGAUGUGGCUGGGGUCGCCGGACCCGGCGAAGCCCGGGGGCGCGGAGACGCUCAAGGGCGAGGAUCUCGAGGCGCGGCUGAUGGUGUUUUGCAUGAACUGCACGCACGGGUUCCACGGGCACCAUGCGCGGGAUUGGUUUGCGCGGCACGCCAUGUGUCCCGUGCCGGACUGCGGGUGCAUGUGCGGGCUGCUGAAGUAGGGACAGGAUAUGUAGUGUGGUCGUGUAUGAAAUACUGGUAUUACAACGUCUAGUCUAGCCGCG